AUGAGCGACGCGGAUUCAGACGACUUGCUUGGGCCGUAUCUUCACUGGUCCUUUAUGGGCAGCGUCAUAUUGCUGCCUUCUAUACAGCUAAACACUUUCUCGGGCUUUCUCAUCGGCUCGCUUCUCACCAUCGCGGUCUGUGUAUCUGAACGGUUGCUUGCAUUGCUGAGCGAGAAACAGUGGGCGCCGUCAAGCGUAAAGCACUCGCGGUGGAAACAUGCUGCUUGGCGGUCAAUGUUGUACUGGAUGACAACUUUUCUGCGCUUGAUGUACAUGCUUAUUGCAAUGUCGUUUCAACUUGGGAUAAUCAUCGUUAUCGUCACCACGUUAUCAAUAGCCCAAUUCUUUAUCGAGUACCACAAGGGCGCUAUUCCCCCUCACCAACAGAUGGGUGUGCACGGUCUCCACCAGCCGCUGCUAGAUCGCAAUGGCCCUGAAUCCCCUUACCCUCUCCUUCCUCGCACACGCCCCGGCCCCAAAACACGACCUGGUGGCCUCUUUAUCCACCCGAAUGAAUCAAACAUCGCGCGUGCAGACGCCGUGGCCCUGGAGCUCGGAUAUGCCAGCAGCAGUAGCAGCAAUCCUGAUCACUACGCAGACGAGGAGGUCUGGGAAAAACAACACGCUGCGUCUCGGAAAUCCCAAAAUCCUGUACGAGACCCAUUCCGCAUAUCUGACGAAGAUGAGGAUGGGUCUACGUAG